AUGGACGCCUUUGUCUCCAGGAAGAGACAGCGCCUUUCCCCAGCUGGGAAAGCUGGUCAGGAUGAUGACAGCCGUCAACGACCGCCACCAAAUCCCGAGAGGGUGCAGACUACCAUUUCCACAGUUGAUGACGAUUCGACGGACGUGAAACUAGCUCUACUGCUUUCUAUUUAUCCUGAUUUAGACCAGAGGGAAUUACUCGAUAUUUUGAUUUCCUGCGAUGGAUCUGUUGAGACUGCAUCUUCUAGAAUCGCAACGCGGAGAGCAGCGUACGCAUCCUCACCAUCCCACAAAAGAGCCGCUCGAGGCUCGGGAAUCCAAAAGUCUUUAUCUUCAUAUUCAUUUUUUCGGAUGAAGCCGGGCUUUUCAGAAAAACAAAGAACAAGGUCUCUUACCAAAAAGGGGAAAACGCUUCAUCUCUUCUCUCCAGAGGAUAUCGCUGCUCAUACACCAUGUUCGAUUAUUCAUAACUUCCUGCCAGCAGAAGAGGCAAAUUCUCUUUUAAUUGAACUACUUGAAGAGGCCAAAACCUUCCCCCGAUACAAAUUCCAGCUAUUUGAUAGGGAGGUUGAGAGCCCGCACACAGCAAGUUUGUACGUGUCUUCUGCUGAAGAACGGCUGCAGCAAGUUUCCGAGUACGUAUAUGGCGGUAGACAUCGCAAAGAAGUACGGACUCUUACGCCUCAGAUGCGGGCCGUGUCGGUAAAAGUCCAGCAAGCAGUAAAUGAGGAAGUUCAAAAACGGAUCAAAACAUGCUAUCCUGGCGGGAAGAAGCUUAAGUAUCAGUCCCCAAAUGAGUGGGUACCCAACGCGGCAUUUGUCAAUUGCUACAAUGGGCCAUCAGAGAGUGUGGGCUUUCAUUCAGAUGAGCUGUCCUAUGUAGGCCCACGGGCAAUUAUCGGCGGUCUGAGCUUAGGCGUCGAACGGGAAUUUCGAGUCCGUCGGAUAGUUCCCCGAGAUGACGUGGGAAAUUCUAAUGGUCGACGAAGCGAUGGCAGUGGUCGCCUACCUGGAACUCGAAAAACGAACGAUUCUGAUUCCAGUUACACCAGAGAAAGAGAGCUCUCAGACGCCCGCGCUGAUACUCAAGGCCAGAUUUCGAUCCAUCUCCCCCACAACUCUCUCCUUGUCAUGCAUGCUGAGAUGCAGGAAGAAUGGAAACACUCCAUUCCGCCGACACAGACCAUCUCACCGCAUCCUGUGUCUGGGAACCGUCGUAUCAAUAUUACCUAUCGAUGGUACCGGGAUUCUCUCCACCCACGAUAUACACCGCGAUGUCGAUGUGGUGUGCCUGCUAUCUUGAAGUGCGUGCAGCAAAAACGCGAGACGAGGGGACGCUAUAUGUGGACAUGCUUUGCUGGGUUCAUACCGGGGAAGGAAGAAUGCUCUUUUUUUCAGUGGGCGGAGUUUGAUGACGAUGGCGAGCCUUUAUGGAGGAAGGUGGCUUGA